UGCGGCGGGACUGGCCGAGGGAGGGCGGAGCCGCACCCGAGCCGAGCGCCGCCAUCGGACGCCGCCGCCGCCCCCAGACGUCGCCCGGGAGUGGCCGUCGAGCAGCCGCCACAGUGAAUCAGCGACGGAAAUAGACGCGGCGCAGGCCGCCGGAGAAACCCACGUGCUGAGGCGGUCCCAACGGCGGCGACUCGGUCACCAUGACGACGGACAUCGGCGUGCCGCGAUGGGAUCCGGUCACCAACCAGGACAUGGGCGACGAGAUGGAGUACGACGGGGGCAACUCGUCCUCCCGCCUCUUCGAGCGCUCCCGCAUCAAGGCGCUCGCAGGUGAACGAGAGAAUGUGCAGAAGAAGACGUUCACCAAGUGGGUGAACUCGCACCUGGUGCGCGUGCAGUGUCGAACGGCCGACCUGUACACCGACCUGAGGGAUGGCCGCUACCUGCUCAAGCUGCUGGAGGUGCUGUCGGGCGAGCGGCUGGUGAGUAGGGCCGCCCCCCGCCCCACCAAGGGCAAGAUGCGGAUCCACUGCCUGGAGAACGUGGAGAAGGCGCUGCAGUUCCUGCGCGAGCAGCGCGUCCACCUGGAAAACCCUGGGCGCCCACGACGUGAGUGGCCUGACGGAACGCGUCUCACACUCGGCCUCAUCUGGACCAUCAUCCUACGAUUCCAGAUCCAAGACAUCACGAUCGAGGAGACGGACUCGAAGGAGACGCGCUCGGCCAAGGACGCGCUGCUGCUCUGGUGCCAGAUGAAGACGGCUGGCUACCACAACGUCAACAUCCGCAACUUCACCACCUCCUGGCGCGACGGCCUCGCCUUCAACGCACUGAUCCACAAGCACCGUGCCGACCUGAUACAGUACGAGAAGCUGAGCAAGGCCAACCCGAUGCACAACCUGAACAACGCCUUCAACGUGGCGGAGUCGCAGCUGGGCCUGACCAAGCUGCUCGACGCGGAGGACGUGUGCAUGGAGCAGCCGGACGAGAAGUCCAUCAUCACCUACGUGGUCACCUACUACCACUACUUCUCCAAGAUGCGCGCCGAAACGAUCCAGUCCAAGCGUAUCGGCAAGGUGGUCGGCACGCUGAUGGACAACGACCACAUGGUGCACGAGUACGAGAGCCUGACGUCGGAGCUGCUGCGCUGGAUCCGGGAGACCAUCGAGCAGCUGGGCCAGCGCCAGUUCGCCAACUCGCUGCGCGGCGUGCAGGAGCAGCUCGUCCAGUUCAACUCGUACCGCACCGUCGAGAAACCGCCCAAGUUCGUGGAGAAGGGCAACCUGGAGGUGCUGUUGUUCACCCUCAAAUCGAAGAUGCGCGCCAACAACCAGCGGCCAUACACGCCGCGCGAGGGGCUCAUGAUCGCCGACAUCAACCGGGCAUGGGAGAAGCUGGAGAAGGCCGAGCACGAGCGCGAGCUGGCGCUGCGCGAGGAGCUGAUCCGCCAGGAGAAGCUGGAGCAGCUGGCCGCCCGCUUCGACCGCAAGGCCGGCAUGCGCGAGACCUGGCUGUCGGAGAACCAGCGUCUCGUUUCACAGGACAACUUCGGCUUCGACCUGACGGCCGUGGAGGCGUCCGCCAAGAAGCACGAGGCUAUCGAAACCGACAUUCUGGCGUACGAGGAGCGCGUGCUCGCCGUGGUGGCCGUGGCCGAGGAGCUGCAGACGGAGAACUACCACGACAUCGAGCGUAUCAACGCCAGGAAGGACAAUGUGCUGCGCCUGUGGAACUACCUGCUGGAGCUGCUGCGCGCCCGACGCAUGCGCCUGGAGCUGAGCCUGCAGCUGCAGCAGAACUUCCAGGAGAUGCUCUACAUCCUGGACAGCAUGGAGGAACACAAGAUGCGGCUGCUCUCCGACGACUACGGCAAACACCUGAUGGGCGUGGAGGACCUGCUCUCCAAGCACGCGCUGAUCGAGGCCGACAUCAACGUGCUGGGUGAGCGCGUCAAGACGGUGGUGCAGCACUCGCGCCGCUUCGUGGACGAGGAGACGGAGGAGGGCUACCGGCCUUGCGACCCUGCCAUCGUGGUGGAGCGCGUCCAGCAGCUGGAGGACGCGUACGCCGAGCUGGUGAAGCUGGCGCUGGAGCGUCGCUCGCGGCUGGAGGAGUCGCGCCAGCUGUGGCAGUUCUACUGGGACAUGGCCGAGGAGGAGAACUACAUCCGCGAGAAGGAGAACAUCCUCAACGCCGCCCACAUCGGCAACGACCUCGUCACCGUUCACAUCCUGCUCGCCAAACACAAGGCGCUGGAGGACGACCUGGCGGCGCACGAGUCGCAGCUGCUGGCCAUCACCCAGGUGGGCGACGAGCUGGUCAACCAGGGACACUUCGGCGCCGACCGCAUUCGCGGCCGCAUCGACGAGAUCGUCGACAUGUGGAACCGGCUGAAGGAGCGGGCCGAGCGCCGCCGCCAGCAGCUGGAGCAGGCCAUCGGCUACCACCAGUUCUUCGCCGACGCGGACGACGUCGACACCUGGAUGCUGGACACGCUGCGCCUGGUGUCCUCGGACGACGUGGGCGGCGACGAGGGCGGCGUGCAGAACCUGCUGAAGAAGCACAAGGACGUGGACGACGACAUGAAGAACUACCAGCAGACGAUCGAGCAGCUGCGUGGCCAGUCUCAGGAGAUCGGCCCCGAGUACCGCGAAAACCCCGAGGUCAAGGACCGCGUCGACAGCAUCGACAACAGGUACCGCGAGCUGAACGAGCUGGGACAGCUGCGUAAGCAGCGCCUGCUGGACGCCAUGUCACUGUACAAGCUGUUCUCUGAGGCACAGCGCGUCGACCAGUGGAUCACCGAGAAGGAGCGCAUGCUCAACACCAUGGUGCCGGGAGAGGGCAAGGACGUGGAAGACGUGGAGAUCCUCAAGCACCAGUACGAGGGCUUCGACAACGAGAUGAACGCCAACGCCAGCCGCGUGGGCGUGGUGAACCAGCUGGCCAAGCAGCUGCUGCAGGUGGAGCACCCCAACAGCGAGGAGAUCGUGGCCAAGCAGAGCGAGCUUAAUGACAAGUGGUCGACGCUGCGUGAGAAGGCCGAACAGAAGAAGGAGGAGCUGGAGAGCGCGCACUCCUACCAGACGUUCCACAUCGAGAUCCGCGAGACAGUCAGCUGGAUCGAGGAGAAGACCAAGCUGCUGCACCAGACCGAGGGGCUCGGCUCGGACCUGGCUGGCAUCAUGACGCUGCAGCGCAAGCUGAACGGCAUGGAGCGUGACAUCGCAGCCAUCCAGGCCAAGCUGGACGACCUGGAGCGGGAGGCGCAGCGCAUCGAGCAAGAGCGGCCGGACGAGGCGGCCGAGAUCAGGCGCAACAUCAGCCAGCUGCAGGAGCCAUGGAAGGAGAUGACGGAGCUGCUGAAGGAGCGCUACUCCAAGCUGGAGGAGGCCGGCGACCUGCACCGCUUCCUGCGCGACCUGGACCACUUCUCGGCCUGGCUCACAAAGACUCAGACGGACGUGGCUUCGGAGGACAUCCCGCAGUCGCUGCCCGAGGCUGAGCGCCUGCUGAGCCAGCACCAGACCAUCAGGGAGGAGAUCGACAACUACAACGACGACUACAACUCGAUGAUGGAGUACGGCGAGCGGGUGACGGCCGAGGACGUGACGCCGCCCGACGACCCGCAGUACAUGUUCCUGCGCGAGCGACUGAAGGCGCUCAAGGACGGCUGGGAGGAGCUGCACAAGAUGUGGGAGAACCGGCAGCAGCUGCUGUCGCAGAGCCUCAACUACCAGAUGUUCCUGCGCGACGCGAAGAUGGGCGAGGUGGCGCUCAGCCAGCAGGAGAACUUCCUCUCCAAGGUCGACACGCCGGCUAACCUGGAGCAGGCGGAGGAGCAGAUCAAGCGGUUCGAGGCGUUCCUCACCACCAUGGAGGCCAACGACGAGAAGCUGAAUGGCAUCCUGCAGUUCGCCAAGCGUCUGGCCGAGGAGGGCCACUACGCCGCCGAAAAGAUCCAGAAGAAGGCCGAGAAUAUUGCGGAGCGCCGCGAGAACAAUAGGGAGCGCGCUAUGCUGGAGAUGGAGCGGCUGCGUGACCAGCUGCAGCUGCACCAGUUCCUGCAAGACUGCGAGGAGCUGGGCGAAUGGAUCCAGGAGAAGUCCAUCAGCGCCCAGGACGACAGCUACCGCUCGGCCAAGACGGUACACAGCAAGUGGACGCGCCAUCAGGCCUUCGAGGCCGAGAUCGCCAGCAACAAGGACCGUCUGUAUCGCAUCCAGGAGUCGGGCGAGGAGCUGAUCAAGGAGAAGCCCGAGAUGCAGGAGCUGGUCCGGCCCAAGAUCUCCGAGCUCGAGGACCACUUCGACCAGCUGGAGACGGUGACCAAGCAGAAGGGCGAGCGACUGUUCGACGCCAACCGCGCCGUGCUGUACGAGCAGACUUGCGACGAUAUCGACGGCUGGGUGGACGAGCUCGAGACGCAGAUCAUGCACGGCGACGACACCAGCGACCUGGCCAGCCUCAACAUACUGAUGCAGAAGCAGCAGAUGAUCGAGACACAGAUGGCCGUCAAGGCCAAACAGGUGACGGAGCUGCACAGCCAGGCCGAGCACCUGGAGCGGAUGGCGCCUGAGAAGGCCGACGAGGUCAAGGAGAAGAAGGUGCGCGUACAACAGCGCUUCGAGAGCCUCAAGACGCCGCUGCUGGACCGCCAGCUCAAGCUGACCAAGAAGAAGGACGCGCUGCAGUUCCGCCGCGACAUCGAGGACGAGAAGCUGUGGAUCGCCGAGAAGAUGCCGCAGGCCACGUCACCCGAGUACGGCAACUCGCUGGUCAGCGUGCACAUGCUGACCCGACGGAACCAGAGCCUGCAGAACGAGAUCUCCAACCACGAGCCGCGCAUCAACGCCGUUUGUAAGAACGGUGAAAAUCUGAUUGCGGAGGGUCACGAGGACUCGGCCGAGUUUGCGCAGCUGAUGGACGAGCUGCAUAGCCAGUGGCAGCAGCUGCGAGACGCCAUGGAGGCGCGCAAGAACAAGCUGGCCGUCUCGGAGCGUGCCCAGCAGUACCUGUUCGACGCCAAUGAGGCCGAGGCCUGGAUGUCAGAGCAGGAGCUGUACAUGAUGGUGGACGACCGCGGCAAGGACGAAUUCUCGGCGCAGAACCUUAUGAAGAAGCACGAGUCCCUGGAAAACGCCGUGGAGGACUACGCCGAGACGGUGCGCCAGCUGGCCGAAACGGCCAAACAGCUGAUCGCCGAGGACCACCCGGACAGCCAGCAGAUCGCCGUGCGCCAGGCGCAGGUGGACAAGCUGUACGCCGGCCUCAAGGACCUGGCGUCGGAGCGGCGCGGCCGGCUGGACGAGGCGCUCCAGCUGUUCCAGCUCAACCGCGAGGUGGACGACCUCGAGCAGUGGAUCGCCGAGCGCGAGGUGGUGGCCGGCUCGCACGAGCUGGGACAGGACUACGACCACGUCUGCAUGCUGCAGGAGCGCUUCAAGACCUUCGCGCACGAGACGGAGACCGUUGGCACGGAUCGCGUGUCGGCCGUCAACGAGCUGGCCGACGGUCUGAUCGGCGCCGGCCACUCGGACGCCGCCACCAUCGCCGAGUGGAAGGACGGCCUGAACGACUCCUGGGCCGACCUGCUCGAGCUCAUUGAGACCCGAACACAGAUGCUGGCGGCGUCCUGGGAGCUGCACAAGUUCUUCCACGACUGCAAGGACACGCUGAACCGGAUCAUGGAGAAGCAGACGGCCAUGUCGGACGAGCUGGGCCGCGAUGCCGUGUCCGUGUCGACCCUGCAGCGCAAGCAUCAGAACUUCCUGUCGGACCUGCAGAACCUGCAGCAGCAGGUGCGUCAGAUUCAGGAGGACAGCAUGAAACUGCAGGCCGCCUACGCCGGCGACAAGGCCAAGGAGAUCACCAACCGCGAGGCCGAGGUGGUCAACGCCUGGCUCAACCUGCAGGCCCUCUGCGACGCCCGCAAGGCCAAGCUGGCCGACACCGGCGACCUCUUCAAGUUCUUCAACAUGUGCCGUAUCCUCAUGCUCUGGAUGGACGACGUCAACCGGCAGAUGAACACCACCGAAAAGCCCAGGGACGUGAGCGGCGUGGAGCUGCUGAUGAACAACCACCAGAGCCUGAAGGCGGAGAUUGACACGCGGGAGGACAACUUCUCGGCCUGCCUGUCGCUCGGCAAGGAGCUGCUGUCGCGCAGCCACUACGCCUCCCAAGAGAUUAAGGAGAAGCUGGUGCAGCUGACGUCGCAGCGCGGCGACAUGCACCAGAAGUGGGAGGAGCGCUGGGAGUACCUGCAGCUGAUCCUGGAGGUGUACCAGUUCGCGCGCGACGCCGCGGUGGCCGAGCAGUGGCUCAUCGCCCAGGAAAGCUACAUCCAGAGCAAGGAGCUGGGGCAUUCCAUCGAUGAAGUCGAAAACCUGAUCAAGAAACACGAGGCUUUCGAGAAGUCUGCCUCGGCCCAGGAGGAGCGCUUUGCGGCUCUGGAGCGACUGACUACGUUCGAGUUGAAGGAGCUGCACCGGCGCCAGGAAGAGGAGGCGGCGCGCCGAGCGGCCGACGAGGCAGCGCGAGCUGAGGCGGCGCGGCGCUCAGCCUCCAGUCCGGACGAGACGCCGUCGGACGCCACGGACGCGCCGCCCGGCCAGGCGGCCGCCCGGGUGUGGUCCGUUCCGCCAAGUCCAGACGCGUCGUGCCUGUUGGCCCUAGACGUGUUGCCGGCGCUGUGGCUAGUCCUGGCGCCGACUGUCGCUCCGGACAGAGCAGGCGUGGUCUGUUUCCGCACCGAUGGCGGGUUGUCGGCCCGUGCCGGGGCAGAGGGGCGUGGCCUGUCCGUCCAGGAGGCGUUCCGUGCUCAGCUUUCAGUGUUGCUUUCCGCAGCUGGCUCCUCGUCGGAGAAGAAGAAGUCCAGGUCUCGCUCCAAGUCGCCGUUCCGUAGUUUCCGUUUCAAGAAGUCGAAGCCGCCACCGGAGACCGUGGGCAGUGUGAGCGACGACGAGGGUAACAUUGCGGCGGCGGCAGAACGCCCGAGCCCCGGUGGCGACGGCGCCCUGCUGGAGGGAUUCCUGCACAGGAAGCACGAGUGGGAGUCGACCGUCAAGAAGGCGUCCAACAGGUCGUGGGAGAAGCUUUUCAUGGUGCUGAAGGAGGGUCAGCUGCUGGCCUACAAGGACGCGCGCGCCGCCAAGGCGUCGCCGGGCUCGUACCACCACGGCGAGGCGCCGCUCGAGCUGCGUGACGCCGCUGUCCAGGUGGCCGCCGACUACAGCAAAAAGAAACACGUCUUCAGGCUCAAGCUGCCGACCGGUGGCGAGUACCUGUACCAGGCGCGCGACGACGCCGAGAUGCACCAAUGGGUGUCCGCCGUGGAGGAGGUGUUCGCGACCCUCGGCACUGGGGAGCCCUCCAAGUCGAAAACGCUGCCGGCAGCGUCGCAGGAGCAAGAGCCGAAGAAACGCUCCUUCUUCACCCUGAAGAAGAAGUAGCGGCUGCGCGCGCGGUCUGGCGCUGAAACGCGGCCGUGUUCGGGACUGGCUGUCGUCGGUGCCCCCUUGCUUCUGUGUGCGUGCUCGGUCCGGCCGCGUCUGUGUGUGUGUGAAAAGCGCGUCGCGCGCCCCUGGGCCAUUUCCGUGCGGGCGAGCGAGCACUGCCACCACCGCGCCCGCCUGCGACGGCCGGGUCUGUGUCCUCUAUGUUCGCGAGCGAGCACUGCCACCACGGCGCCCGCCUGCGACGGCUGGCUCUGUUUCCUCCGUGCCCGCGACUCCCGUCGGGAACGGUCUUUAUGUUUGGAGGGUGACCGCCUGUGCUGUUUGAUUCCUAGGCAUCUAAUACUUUUAGUCACGCCCAAAGAGCUAAGCCAUGUAAAGAUAUACCUACAGAGUCGCUUUGUAUCUAACUAUCCGGCACAUGACGUAGAGUUCUGGGCGAGUGGAUGGCCAGAGGGUAUGCACACGUUUUACAUUAUAUAUACCUGCGAGCAACACGCCUGGCGAGCGGCAGCGGCAGAAGGGCUUGGCUAAUGUGCAUUCGGCGGCAGCUGCUUGUGCAUCUACGGCAUUCAGGCGUGAAAUACAGAAUCUAGUAUUUUACAUGGGAAAUUAUAUCGUCUUUAAGUGUUUGGUUCUGCGUAUUCGAGGUGUAAGGCAUGCAAUAUUAUAAGUAGUGGUUGGCUGGUUAGCUUGUGUGCCGGCCCGGUCCUGCGCCCGGUUCCGCCACGGAACUGUUGAGGUGGCUAGGGCGAGCGACCGAGCCGCGGCGUGCCCGCCUCCCGCCACCCGGCCGCUAGUCAGACGGGCCCCCCGAGGUGACGCCGGUCCAGCGCGCCGCCAGCCGGCUCCGACUGCGCUGCAUGUAUGCCUAGAGCAAUCCGCGGAAAUACACAUCUUUCGGUAGCCGUG